AUGUCAGAUAUUAUAUUUGAUACUAUUAAAGAUACUUCGAAUUCAAUUUCAAAAGAUUCUACGAAAUUAUUUGUUAUUUCAUUAUUAAUACUCGCUAUUACUUUAUUAUUAUUAACUGCUAAAUUAAAUGAGACUGUUUAUUCAACUUUAGUAUUUGCUUGGUCUUGUUUUAUUAAACCUUUAGUGCAAAAAAAACAAACAAAAACUAAAAAAAAUUCGAGUCAACAAGAUUCUUUAGAAGCUUUUUAUAAAAAUCAAGUUCAUAUCUAUGAUACUACAAGAGAAGUUUUAUUAAAAGGCAGAAAAGAAAGUUUAAAAUUAGCUAUUUCUCAUUUACAGAAAAAGAAAGAUUUAAUUUGGAUUGAUAUUGGUGGUGGUACAGGUUCAAAUAUCGAAUUUAUGAAUGAAAUUAGUUCAAUUUCCAAAAAUUUUAAAGCUGUUUAUUUAGUUGAUUUAUCACCUUCAUUAUGUGAAGUUGCUAAAAAAAGAUUUGAAUUAAAUCAAUGGGCGAAUGUUCAUGUAUUAGUAGCUGAUGCUUGUGAUUUCCAAAUUGAUUAUAAAUAUGCUGAUUUGAUUACAUUUUCUUAUUCAUUAUCAAUGAUUCCAACUUUCAAUGCUGCUAUCGAUAAUGCAGUUUCAAAAUUAGAUAAACAAGGUAUUAUUGCAACUGUUGAUUUUGGUAUUCAAUCAAAUGAUACUUCAAUGGGUAGAAUUAAUACUCUUGGUGGUUUAGUUAAUAGAAACAUUCCAUGGAUUUUAAGAAAUUUUUGGAGAAUUUGGUUUGAAACUGAUAAAGUCUUUUUAGAUUCUUCAAGAAGAAAUUAUUUAGAAUAUAAAUUUGGUACUAUAAAAUCAAUUAAUGCUUAUAAUAAAACUUUAGGUAAAAUUCCUUAUUAUAUUUGGAUUGGUUGUGAUAAAUCAAGAUCUCCAACAAUUUUAAAUAGAUUAAAUUGUUUAGCUACUGAAUCUCCUUAUUUAGCUCCAUCAACAACUCCAUUAACUGAAAAAAUUCAAAUUCCAAUUUCAAAAGGUCAUGAAGCUGCUUUAAAUAAUUUUCAAAAAAAUUUACCAUUUCCAUCAAUUUAUUAUCAAAAAGAAGUUUGGAGAGUUUAUUACGAUGAAUUAAAUCCAUUAUAUGAACAAUUUAAUAACCAAUAUAUUUAUGCUUUUACUUGGGAAGAUCCAAGAGAAGAUCAUAAUAUUUUAAAUUUUUCAUCAAAUGAUACUGUAUUAGCUAUAACUUCUGCUGGUGAUAAUAUUUUAAGUUAUGCAACUUUACCAGAUCCACCAAAAAGAAUCCAUGCUGUUGAUUUAAACCCAUGUCAAAAUCAUUUAUUAGAAUUAAAAUUGGCAUGUUUUAGAGAAUUAAAUCAAUCUCAAAUUUGGUCAAUAUUUGGAGAAGGUAAAAUUGAAAAUUUCAAAGAUUUAUUAAUUAAUAAAUUAUCUCCUCAUAUGUCAUCAAAUGCUUUCCAAUAUUGGAUGGAUAAAGGUCCAAAAGCAUUUGUAGGUAAAGGUUUAUAUGAUACUGGUUCAUCAAGAUGGGCUUUAAGAUUAGGAAGAUUUAUUUUCAAAGUUUGUGGUGUUACAAAACAUGUUGAAAAUUUAUGUAAUGCAUCUACAUUACAAGAACAAAUUGAUAUAUGGGAAACUAAUUUAAAACCUGCGUUAUUUAAUCCAAUUGUUGCAAGUUUAUUAAUUGGUAAUCCAAUUUUCUUAUGGAAAGCUUUAGGUGUUCCAGCAAAUCAGGCAAAAUUAAUGGGUCCAUCAGUUAUAAAUUAUGUCAUUGAUACCCUUGAUCCAUUAAUUAAAAGAUCAUUAAUUUCAAAUGAUAAUUAUUUUUAUUACUUAUCUUUAACUGGUCAUUAUAUUAAAAAUAAUUGUCCAGAUUAUUUAACAACAAAAGGUUAUAAAAGAUUAACGAAUUAUUCCCCGGUCACAAAUGAAUCUCCAAUUGAUAAUAUUAGAAUUCAUACAGAUACUUUAAAUGAUGUAUUUGCAAGAUUAAGUAAAAAAUCAAUUACAAUUGCAAUUAUAAUGGAUCACAUGGAUUGGUUUGAUCCAAAUGGUAAAGAUGCAAUUAAUGAAAUUUCAGCAGUUAAACAAUGUUUAGUUAAUGGUGGUAGAGUUAUGUUGAGAAGUGCAGCUCAAUAUCCAUGGUAUAUCAAAACAUUUGAACAAUUAGGUUUUGAAUGUAAACCAGCAGCAAUUAGAAAAAGUGGUACAAGUAUCGAUAGAAUCAAUAUGUAUGCUUCCACUUGGGUAUGUACUAAAAAGGAAAGUGUUGAUGAUGAAGAAGAUGAUAAUGAUAAUGAAACUGAAAAACCUUUAAAUAAAAGAAGAAUGAGUUCAUUAAAAAUUUAG